AGAAGUUUUGCAAAGGUUAGGGGGAGAGGGGAGAAAAUGAUUUCCUCUUCGGGGCAUCAACGAACUGAUUCAACUCACUAUAGACUUUACGAGUUUGCUAAAACUGCCCUCAUCAAAAUAAUCGUGUCUCCAUAUGCCACGGUUUGUGAUUUUUAUUGUGGAGCUGGAAUAGAUACAGAUAAAUGGGAUGAUUCACAAAUUGGUCACUACAUUGGAAUAGAUGGUUUCUCUGCUGGAGUUAACGAAGCUCGGGAUAUUUGGGAGAAUCAUAAAAAAGGUUGUCCUGCUGAUUUCUGUAAUGUAGAUCCUUGUGUGGAGAACUUGGAUUCUUAUUUACAGGACAAGGGUAUUCCUGCAGAUAUUGUUUGUUGCUUACAGCAUUUGCAGUUUUGUUUUGAAACUGAGGAGAGAGCUAAAAGUCUUCUUCGUAACGUGUCGUCAUUGCUUAGACCAGGGGGUUAUUUUUUCGGUAUUACUCCUGACUCAUCUACUAUAUGGGCAAAAUAUCAGAAGAAUUUUGAAGCGUCGCACAACAGAGUAGGUGGAAUGAAGCCGAACAUAGUUCCCAACUGCAUAAGAUCAGAGAACUACAUGAUCACUUUUGAAGUCGAGGAGGAGAAAUUCCCUUUAUUCGGAAAAAAGUACCAGCUGAAAUUUGCCAAUGGCAACAAUUCUGAGAUCCACUGCUUAGUCCAUUUUCCAAGCCUUAUCAGGUUGGCUAGAGAAGUUGGUCUUGAGUAUGUUGAGAUUCAAAACUUGACUGAGUUCUACGAGGAUAACAGGGCACAAUUUGCAGGUAUGCUUCAUAAUGUCUCUCCAGACUUUGUGGACCCUAGAGGACGACUUCUUCCUCGGUCUAUUGAUAUCUUAGGAUUAUAUACAACUUUUAUCUUCCAAAAGCCUGAUCCAGAUAUUACGCCCCCUAUAAUGACACCCAGAACGCCAGAAGCAACUUAUUUUCCUGAAGAACCUGAAUGGCAAGGAAGCAGCCGGAGACGUCAGAGUUCAGUACUUCCACUGCUGAUAAAAAAUAAAUGCACACCCGGUGGGGAUCGAACCCACAAUCGCCUGAUUAGAAGUCAGACGCCUUAUCCAUUAGGCCACGGGUGCUGGUUGAGACUAAAAUGUGUAUCAAAGUAUUGAUUUGAUGCUUCCAGAUAAAAGGUGCUGAUCCCCAGUCUUCACAUUUCCCCAUCCAGGAGUUACCAUCUUUGGCAGACCUGACCGGCUUACCUUUUGGAAGACAGUCGGCCAGAAAAUUAAACGAGUGAUCACCUUCAAAACAUUCUGUAUAGUUUUGCACGACUGAAUUUCGUUACUUGGCAUUUUUAAGGGCCACCCAAAAAGAAUUAGGGAUCAAUAAUAAGACAAAGUAGAGUCACCCAAACCUAAAUUGAAGUUA